AUGAGCAAUUGGAGAGUAAGUGACUAUCUGCAACAAGUUUUAGGAGCAGGGGGGACCAACCGAGGUAGCAUCCCGCACACCCAAGAGGGUGGAGGAGCUUCAAGGCUAAGGAGUCAAACAAAUAGUUCCCCAACAAUACUGACAAGAUGGCAAGGGAUUAACGAGGCAUUCGAAGGUCAGGAGGCCAAGGUGGAGAGUGUUUGGAAGUAUUCCAGCGGCGUCUGUAUGGGGUUGGAUGUAUGGGGUUGGAAUUUAACGAGAACAGAAGAAGGGAUCAUAACGUAUGAGUCUGGAAACUGUACCCCAGGAGCGACAGGCUAUGGUCGUGGAACGGGAGGGAGGACACAAGCAUGUCAGGGAUCGGCCGGAGAUCUACAAUGGAGCCACUUCAAAGGUCAAAGAGAAUAUAAGGAUAAUAAUAGAUAUCAAAGGGAGUUCUUUGCUUGUAGGGAAUUGGUAACAAUUCUAUUAGGCGUCUUUGGCAUGACUAAUACGGGGGCUAGGGAUGCAAGCCAGGUGGCCAAGGGGAAUCCAUGUGGGAAGUUUUAUGACAUAGUGAAGAAAUGGGGAGGAGUCCAGAUAGCUAAUCAAAUAAUGGACGAUUGGUUUCUAGAUCAGGGGAACUCCCCCCCUAGAUCAAGGCUCUUUGGCUUAAAAGUGGGGGAUUUAUAUGAGAGAAUAAGUGAGUUUCUGUAUGGAGAUGACAAAGGAGAUAAGGCUCUAUACUGUACGUAUAAUUUUGAUGAGGGAAGUGGACAAUCACUCGGGCACAGGAAAUAUACUACGGGGGAGAAUACAGGGAGCAGCCUGGGCCAAUGUAACAGCACAAUUGAGGAGUGUUUGGGCCAUUUAGAUAGGAGCUGGAACACUGAACAAGACACCCCUGGUGAAGUUCCACAAACCACUGCCCAAGUCGGGAGCCAGGUAAAUGGAGAGAAAACCCCCACUUCCGCGAAACCAGUCAAAGAUGGCAGCGGAAUGGACGGACAGGUUAUCGAACAGACAAGACCAGAACUGGAUCGGCCCGAGGGGGGGGGAUCCGAUUUGGAUUUGGAAGGGAAUGCGUAUGGGAGUUUCUCACCCGGAGCGAUAGUAGGAGGGUUAUCUAGUUCCUUAUUAUUCGCAUUGGGUUUGUAUGGAUAUUACCGUAUUUUCUUAAGAGGAAGAUUUGCCAGUAAGGGACGCGAAGGCACCCGAAGCACGUGGCGGAUUCUAAGGUAG